UCUCUGUUUUAAACAAAUUCAAAAAGCCAAUGGAAAUCGAAGGCCAAGAUGGUUCAAAAACCCUACUGAAAAAGGGGUUUAAGAGAGAGCUAGGAAGAGGAUUAGGGUUUGAUUCCAAUGAUCGAACCAUUUCUCGUCGUCACGUUGUGUUCGAAUUUAAAAAAGAUGAGAGCCAAACAGACCCAAAUUCAGAAUCUAGGGUUUGUUUCGAAGUUACUGGAAAUAACCCAAUUUGGGUACGUAAUCGUGCGAGUGGUGAAAUUAGGGUUUUUAGGAGGUCAGAGAGAGGUGAAAUGGAGGGUGGAGAUAUGUUCUGUGUUUCUGCGAAGAAGCCUGUUUGGUUCACUUUGAAAAGAACCGAGCUUGAAGGCGAAAAUGAGAGUGAGAUGAAUAGUGAAUUGGGGAAUGUGAAUGAAUUGGCUGACUGCUUACAGAGUAGCUAUGGGUUGAGAGGUGUUGAAGAUUUAGAGCUCGAUUCUGCUGAUGAUUCAAAUAUUGACCCCAUCAAAGAAUUUGGUUUUCUCAUAAUAGGGCAUGAGUUUGAUCACUUCCCAAAGCAAAUGAUCUGUGAUGCCAAGUCUUGGGACUGGUUCCUUGAGGAGUCUACUGGUGAUAGUGACAAUGAUGACCUUCUUGAGAAUAGAAGGAAGAAAGGCACAAGGAGAAAGAGGAAGAAAGGUAGAGGCGGUGAUGAUGAUGACUGGACUGGUGAGAGUGAAGAUGAUAAGGAGUCCAUUACAAAAAUAAGAAAGGUUUCGAGGCCCAAAUAUUCUACUAGAUCCAAGGAGCAUGGCAAACCUAUCAAGGAUGGAAGAAUCAGUAAACACGCAGUAGCAAAAAAACCUGAUACUGGAAAUGAAGACGAUGAGGAAGACGAAGAUGACGAUGACGAUGAGGAUACCCUCGGAGGUUUCAUUGUUAAGGAUGAUGACAUUGAACAAGAAGAAGAAGAAAGUGAUGUAGAUGAAGAAGAAGAGGAAGAUUUUGAAGACGACGAUGAAUAAGUAACAGAUGAGAGACGGCAAUUCAAAGGAAGGGAUGGAAAUGCUGCUAGGCAUUCGUGAAAUGGUUAACAGCCUCAAAUCCGAAACGAGUUGUUUUAAUGUUGUCUUAUGUAACAUGUGCGAUCUUCAUCCAUCCCCAGUCUUUCUAAUUGAAUCUUAUGUUUCCUUGUGA